AUGUCUGAAACAAACCAUGCCACCACAAUCAUAGCAGUGGAUGGUGAUGAUCGGAUUCAAGCAUUCAAAACUAAAUGUUAUCCCAAUAGAACGUUGAUUGUAGUAGUGAGUGGAGUGCUCGCCGCUACAUGCUCUCUUCUUCUCGUGAUGACACUUUUGAUGCAACAUUUCAUGCCAUCAUCACUGUUGUUGACAACAACAAACAAUGGACACAAACUAUCCCUUCAAAAACAACAAGAAAUUGACCUUCACUACAACUCGAUUCAUCUCAGAAGUGGACAUGUGAUUCAUACCCGAACCACUCAUGAUCACUUUUCAAGCAAGAUGAGUUCAGCCUCCUCCUCAUCUUCUCCAAUGAAUCGCAUCACUUCCUCCUUUUUCAGAUUAUUCCAAUUGAUGAUUGCCAAUCCAUUUGUCACCAGCACUUCUCAUCACGAACAACAACACAUUGAGGACAUGUCAAGUAAAGAAGCAACAAGGGCCACCACCACCACCGAGCAAGACAUGGAUGCUUCUCCUUCUUCAAUUCAGACAUUUUUCUUGCACUUUCAUCCACACUUUUACGAACAAAUGAUUGCUUCUUCUUCUUCUGAUAACAAUCAAAAAGGUUGUUCCGAAUUUCCUUGGCUCCAAGAACAAGUCAAAAAAUUUACAGUUCGUCUCGGACACUACAUUCCUCAGAGAACUUUCAUGAUCAGUGGUUCCGAGAAGAAUGUGUUCAGAUUAAAGGAAUAUUUGAAUGAGAUAGGUCGUAGUUAUAACAGGAAUAAUGGCUGGUGGAGUAGCAACAACAACAGAGAGGAGGUUUGUUGGAUUGGUUUGGUAGAGAAGGAUCAUAAAUCGGUACCACGUGAUGUUUUGGAAGUACAUUUGGAUAAAACGGUUGUGGUUGAUCGUGUCAUGAGAGGAGAGUUACCCUAUGAUGAUGCAUUCAGAUAUCUCACAAGAAAAUUAUUAUCAAAUAACGAUAAGGGAAAAGAUGUACACUUUGUUAUUAUGGCUACUAUGGCAAAACAUGAAUCAAAAGAAGAAUUAGAAUUGAAUGAAAUUGCCAACGUCAAUUCUCCUCUAAUGAAACUUGUUAAGGAAAAUUCUGAGGAUGACCAUGUAAGCGUUAAAGCUGUAUCGAACGAAAAAAUUGCUAUUGGAGUGAAUGGACAUCAACAUGCUUUGAAAUUAGCUGAGAAACUAAAAGAGCAUGGUCUCGUUCAUUGGGUAGAAAUUAAGACUCCAACAAUUAUUCAUGGCAAAUAUUCAAAUGCUCUAGUUCAGAGUUAUAAGAAGCCAACUGACAAGCCAAUUUGGAGUAUGGGACUUACAGGUUCUGGACAAGUGAUUGGAGUUGGUGAUACAGGUGUCGAUUAUUAUCAUUGCUUUUUCUAUGAUGAAAAAUCCAAUCCUCCUUUCCAAAGAAAUUUACGUGACUCUGUACAAAAUGCCAAUCACAGAAAAUUUGCAUCAUUUUGGACUUAUAUGGAUGCUGUUGAUUCUCCAAUGGGCCACGGAACACAUGUCACUGGUAUUGCUGCUGGAAGCAUCCAUCCAAGUGCAAAACCUGCAGAUUUGAAAGAUCAUGACGCACUUGCUAAGGAUGCUAAGCUUGCAUUCCUCGAUGCUGGAUGUGACACCGAUGAAGGAUGUUCUUGCCCUCCUGAUACACUUUGCGAGUGUGACAUGAAGGAUGGAAAGAAAUGUCCAAAGAAGUUUGGUGUUGUUUAUUUACCUUUGGAUCUUUAUUCUUCUUAUUUUCCAUAUUUCUAUCAAAAUGGAGCAAAGGUUGUGAGUAGUUCUUGGGGAACAGGAUUUUUCAAAGACUUUGGUUUUGGUUAUUCUACAAACUCGAGAGAAAUUGACCAAUUUGCUUGGGAAAAGAAGGAUUUCCUUCCUGUGUUUGCUGCAGGUAAUAGUGGUGGUGUUUUUGGAUAUGCCUCUCUGACCAGUGAAGCAGAAGCAAAAAAUACUUUAUCGAUUGGUGCCUCUUUGAGUACACUUCAAAGUUUCCAACAAAGUCUUAAUAUUACCUCCACUCAAUUAAUUAUUGAUAGACUUAGAAUUGAACUUUAUCAAAAGUUUUGUCUCAAGGCAAGCGAUCUCUAUGAUGCAGAUAAGUGUGAAAAAGCAAAGAAUUUCCAAUCUGAAAGUGAUUGUUGUGCCACCACUUGCAAGACAGUUUCCACUGAUUGUUGUGGUGUUCAAGACUAUUCUCCAUUUUUAACCAUUGGAUUCAGAUGUUGCCCACAAUGUAUUGGCCUUGAAAUGCAACAACAUCCAGAAUACUACAGCCAGGAAAAUCUUGCAGUUUUUACUGCAAGAGGUCCUACUCUUGACGGCCGAAUUAAGCCAGAUGUGGUCACUGUUGGCGAGAAAAUUCUAUCUUCCCUUUCUUCUGGAACUACAGAAUCUAAAAAGUGUGGAACAUUCACAGAUAUUAAGGAUCAGAUGGUUUAUCACGAAGGAACAAGUAUGGCUGCUCCAUUAGCCGCUGGAGCUGCUGCCUUAGUACGACAAUUCUACCAGGAGGGUUAUCUCACAGGUAGUAAGAAUCCAAGCCAAGGAUUUAAUCCAAGUGCUGCUCUUGUAAAAGCUACCUUGAUUCACUCUUCAAAGCCAUUAACUGGAUACGUUCAUCUUCUCUCAAAACAUCAAUAUUGGCCUCUUCAAUAUCAAGAAGGUCACACUUUUUCACUUCAAAGUACAUACAUGCAAGGUUUUGGUCACAUUGAUUUGAGCAACGUUAUGGAUAAGAGCAUGGGUCUGUAUGUUCCAAAUAGAGCAGACUUACAAUUGAGCACUGGCCAAACUCAUCAAUACUGUUUAAAUGUCAAAUCUCAAGGUGAUAACCCUUUAAAGGUCACAGUGGUUUGGACUGAUCCUCCAAGCUCACCUGCUGCCAAGAUUCAUCUUAUUAAUGAUUUGGAUUUGGUUGUGAUCACACCAAAAGGUGAUAAACUAUUCGGAAAUGGUGGUAAAUCAUCAGUGAAACAAACAAGAGAUGAACCAGAUCAAUUGAAUAAUGUGGAACAAGUUGAAUUGGACAAAUCAGAUCCAGCAGGUCUAUAUAAUGUUGUUGUGAGAGGUAAUGCCGUUACCAAAGGCCCUCAACCUUAUGCCAUUGUUAUGACUGGUAAUUUUGAAUUAUCGACAGGAUGUUCUUCUUAUUCCUUCAUUCCAUAUGCUUAUUUAGCAGAAAGAGCGGAAACGUAUUCAAACUUGUCCAUUGCUUUUGGAUUGCUUGCCAUCAUUUGUAUUCCUGCACUUGCCUUCCUUUCCAUCUACCUGUACUUGCAAUACCGAUCAGUGACAACAUCUCAAAAGGGUUAUAGAGAAGCAGCAAUUGGAAGAAACACUAACACGUAUGUCGAUUUGGGAGACGAUGACAAUUAUGAGUUGAAAAACGUAAAGAAGAAUUAUGUUGUUGAGGAUGAGGAUGAGGAUGGUGAAGACAAUAUCGCUAUCAACAAACGAGGUGGAACUGCUAGAGAAAAAGCUGAACUUGUAGAAAGGGAUACUACCGAAUAA